CAGUGCUCAGUGCUGUGCGCACGUAGCCCCGUCCCGGCUAUUGUCGUUUCUGCUCUGCUGUUUCUGUCAUCCCCUUCCCUCUAUCACUUCCUCCUACAUUAUAAUAGUUUCACCGUGACUGCCUGCGGUCGGCUAACAAGGAAGCGUGGGGAGCGUGGCUCUUUACUUUCGUAUGAUAGAGAGGACAUAUGGCGGACUGUUAUUAUUCAGAAAACAACAGUCAAAGCAUAUUAAUCCAAAACAAGCAACCGGGACGAGGAAAGAUUCGAUAACUGCAAAAUGGCUACAAGUACUUAUUCUGGAUUAUGUUCGUGACAUGUUCUGAACUAUUCGCAAAGUUUUAAUGUCAAGCGUAUUUACUUUGUUUUAGCGCACCGUAAGGACAGCUUUCCAAACCGUUGUUUUGCAUCGCUGUCAGUUACUUUUAUUCAUUGACAUUUUCAACCUGUCACUGUCAUUGGGGUCGUAACGAGGUAUAAUUUCCACUUUUGGUGUUUUUAUUUUAAACACUGCCCUGGACUGGGUGGUCGUGUGUUUGUGUCCCUUUGCGUUUUAAAUGUGGCACACUCACUGACCGCCACCGUGCUGCACGAGCCCUUUAAUAAUUCCGGGUAAAUCUGUCGACGUGUGUUGGCACCAGCGACCGACAUGGGGGCUAAGCAGAGCAGCCCAGCCGCUAACGGACGAACCAGGGCUUACUCGGGCUCGGAUCUACCUUCGAGCACCUCUACUACCAGCAAUGGGAACGGUAGGACUGCAGCGAUGGCAAUGAGCUAUCACGCGUACGGCCAGUCGGCUCACGGGGCCUCGGGAACCACAGCGACCUCCAGUCAACACAUUGGCCACAGGACGAGGUCCGUGGGAGGCAGUUCUGGAGGGUCAGGGCCAAGACCCCAGUCAGGCAUCAACAUCCCUAACAGCAGUGGAGCCUACAGCUCACAGGAGUCUGGCAGCAGCACCCCAGAGGAGGCAGAGAGGGACAGGUCCAGCUGGGGGGGGCAAGGGGGUCCCCGGUUGUUGAUUGGAUCAUUACCAGCACACCUUUCGCCUCACCUUUUUGGAGGCUUCAUGUGCCCUGUCUGCUCCAAGUUUGUCUCCACGGAUGAGAUGGAUCUACACAUCGUCAUGUGCUUGACCAAACCCAGAGUGACUUAUAACGAGGAUGUCCUGAGUAAGGAUGCAGGGGAAUGUGCAAUCUGUCUUGAGGAGCUGGUACAGGGGGACACCAUUGCUCGCCUUCCCUGUCUCUGCAUAUACCACAAAGGCUGUAUUGAUGAGUGGUUUGAGGUGAACAGAUCGUGUCCAGAACAUCCCUCAGACUAAAGGGCCUCGCUACUUUUCUCCACAGGUUUCUUACUCCCUCAAUAAGAAGAGUGAUCUGCUCCAAUAACAAAAUUCCUUAAUGUGAAUCCCCUCCCCUUCCACGUUGCCAAUGAGACUACUGGACAGACACACUGUGACUCUGUGGCCAGUACAGAACUGACACCUCACCCUGACCCUACCCCUCCAUCCCCAUCACCUCAAGUACCUCAGCCCUCAACACACCUCAACUCAAACCAGUCAAGAACCGCAGUGUGCCAAAACUCAUUAAAAGCCAUCUUCAGGGAAACUACAUUUAAUGCUGAUCUAUCUAUUUAUCUCCACACACAACACAAUCGGCUCCGAGACCAGACCAGACAGACACAGACACACAAACUCACAAAUACACACUCACAAACACAACCAACCUCUGCUUUGUCCUCAAAGACAGACAGACAGACAGACAGAC